AUGGGAUUCCUCUACUACGCCAUCAAAUUGCCCAAAUUCAUCACCGUAUCCUUCUUCCUCAACCUAAUCUCCCAAGCCCACUACCUCUUCAUCGCCGCCCUCACCCAUCUCCACCUCUACAAGCACUCUCCGCCCGAGGAAUCGCCGGAUUCCGCCGCCGCCACCAGCAAUUACAUCCUGAUACUCGACAGCUUCUCCCCCUCUCUCGUCCCGAUCCCGGUCCACGUCGUGACGGCCGCGAUCAAGACCCGGGUCCCCGUAAUCGAGUACGAGAAACUCGCCCGCCGCGGCGGAGAGAAGGGGUGUAGUAUAUGCUUGGAGUGUAUAGAAGGGAGGGAUGAAGUCAGAGAGCUGUGCAAUUGUAGGCACUUGUUUCAUAGGGAGUGUUUGGACACGUGGAUUGAUGAGGGACGCGUCACGUGUCCUUUGUGUAGGUCCAUGUUGUUGCCUCCAAGAGUUCAUCUUCUUACAUGUAAUCAAAAUCAAGAUUCUUAG